AUGCAGGGAGCCAGGGUGGCCGUGGUAGGAGCUUCGGGAGGAAUCGGUCAGCCUUUAUCACUGCUCUUAAAGUUGAAUCCGCUGGUUCGUGAGUUGGCUCUGUACGAUCUCAACCGUCCUCCGGGCGUUGCAGUGGAUUUGUCACACAUCAACUCUCCGUGUGAGGUGUAUGGGUUAAGAGGCGUGGCCAAUCUUCCCGAAAUUCUCACAGGAAGUGAUGUCGUGGUGAUUCCAGCAGGAGUUCCGCGAAAGCCAGGGAUGACUCGAGACGAUCUCUUUGUCAUGAAUGCAAAAGUGGGACUUCAGCUAGCAGAUUACUGCAGUCGAUAUUGUCCAGAAGCCAAAGUCUUGCUCAUCACGAAUCCCAUCAAUUCAAUUCUUCCUCUUUUCAAUGAGGUGUAUCGUCGGCGUGGAAUCGACGCAAACAAUCGACUCUUUGGAAUUACUCUUCUCGACUCCAUUCGUGCCUCCACCUUUAUCGCAGCCGCCCUUCACGUUUCGCCUCACCUCAUCCAUAUUCCUGUCGUGGGAGGCCACGCAGGCACCACAAUCAUCCCUUUGCUCUCCCAACUUCCUUUAGGGAUGCUUCGAUUGCUCGAUAUUCCCGACAUCACAACGCGAAUCCAAUUUGCAGGCGAUGAAGUUGUGUCUGCCAAAGAAGGCAAUGGCUCUGCAACUCUGGCGAUGGCCUAUGCUGCGUCGGAGUUCACGACAGCUGUGCUGCGAGCGAUGAACGGAGAAGAAAAUGUCAUCGAACCAGCGUUUGUCAGGCAGGACUUUGAGAGUUGCCACUAUUUUUCAUCGCUUGUACGACUUGGGAGGAAUGGAAUGGAGGAGGCUCUUCCAUUACCUUCGAAUAUGUCGUUUUUUGAAAGAGAAGCGAUUAAGAAAGCCAUGCCGGUGCUGAAGAAGCAGGCACAGAAGGGAAUUGACUUUGUGACGCGAGAAAUGGUUUUGUGUGUUUGA